GGAGUAUAUAAAAAGGCGAUUGCUCCGAUGUGGAAGAGAGAGAGAGAGAGUGCGCGUGAAUUGGAAAAAGCCAAUUUGCCACUCGGCCGUUCCAUCUUCUCAUCCAAAUCUAUCUAUUUUCUCUGCUGAAAGAAAGAGACCGGCCAUGGAAUCCACCGAGUUUGAACAUUCCGGAAUUGUCUGAUUCGGAGCCUAGUUUUCAUCUUAUUGGUCACCGAAAGUUGACGAUCCUAUUUCAAACUUCAGUUUUAGAGUGAUACUCUUUGUUUUUGCCGAUUGGAAUACAACAUUUGUUUGCAUUUCUGAUGGAGAUUGAAUUCCAGAUUGUGAAUGAAGCCUGCUUCUUGUAGAUUUUAACUGUAUUAGAGUUGGUUAUCUCUGAUAGUGCUUAGGUCAGGUGGUUGGUAGAGGGAGGGGGUGGUGGUGGUGUUGUUCAGCGAUGGGAUUAUGGCUGCUAGCUUCAACUGGGCCACCAAUUAAGCGAAGAGCGGGUCUGAGAAUAAAACAGGCGGGCCGGGGCUCUUACAGCGGCAGCUAGGGAAGGCUUUUCCUGGCUCAUUCUAUAUUUGGUUAGUUUCGAAUUUGUUCUGCAUAUUUGUGUGCUCUUGAAGAGUCAGCGCUCAAGCGGAUGGAGACUGCGGCUCUCCACCAGCUGUUGAAAAGCUUUUGUAACAAUUCACAUUGGAUUUAUGCUGUGUUUUGGAAGAUUAAGUAUCAAAGUCCACCGAUAUUGGCUUGGGAAGAUGGGUAUUGCAAUUAUCAAAAAUCGGAGAAACAUAUGGGAAGCAUGACAGAGUACAGGUUGAUUGGAGAAAGAGAUGAACAUGUUUCUUCAUACUAUGGAACAAAUAUUCACAAUGAUGAUUCUGGAAGUUGUUCAGUUGGACCAGCAGUGGCUGAUAUGUCAUGCCUUCAAUAUGUUCUGGGAGAGGGAACUGUGGGUAGCGUGGCAAGUUCUGGAAAUCAUAGUUGGAUUUUCCUUGAAAAUAUUUUUGCCAGCGAUGUAUUCUCUGAUUCCAUAUAUGAGGGUCCUACCGAAUGGCUAAUUCAAUAUGCAUCUGGUAUCAAGACUAUUCUACUGGUGCCUGUUCUUCCUUUUGGAGUGUUGCAGCUUGGCUCAUUGCAAACGGUUUCUGAAAACCUAUCCGCGGUUGCUUAUAUCAAAGACAAAUUCAGUCCCAUUCACUUUGUUGAUGGAAAUGCUGCAAUUGUUGCUUCAGACAAGGGUGUUUGGCCUCCUCUCUGUGCGUCAGUUUUCUCACAUAGUCUCUCUGAGAUCUUGAAUGAGCAAACAAACAUUACUACUAAUUUGCUUGAAAUUGAAACCCAUGGGGCUACUGAAGAUGUUAAGCCACCAUUGUCAACAUCAAUUUCUUUUUCAGCUACCCAAGAUGUAUUAACAGUAUCUAGAAGAAUUAGACCUGAAACCUUUCACAGUGGAAAAGAACAUAAAUGUGAUAUGCAAGCGGCUAAUCUUGAAGAACCGUUUGCUCUGCUUUAUCAAUCAAUUAGAGCUAGUGAAGUGGAAUUUUCUGAUUUAUUCUCUCCGGAAUCGCUGCUACCUGCUUCCACUCAAUUGAGAAAUCAUGAUGGCUUGUUUGAAGGGAACCCCCAUAGUGUUCACUCUUACUCAGCCGACAACGUAUUUGGACAUAAUCUUGUGACGAAGAAAGAAUAUGGCACGGCAGAUAAUUUCUUUAGCUUUCGUGACGACUGUGAAUUACAUGAAGCACUUGGACCAGCAUUUUUUGCUCAGAAACAGACUAAUGAGUUCUCAUAUGAUUCAUCUGGCUCAAUCAAGGACACAACCUCAAGUUUGAUGUGCAGUAGAGAUUUCAACGAAGGUGAUAUUGAACAUCUCUUGGAAGCUAUGCUAACUGCAUUUGAUAAUUCUGAUGAUACUUUUUCAAAUAGCACAAUCAAUGCUAGAAUGACUCCCACAGUAGGAAAAUCAGGUCUUUUUGCUGAAAACUGUAGUCAGUCUGAAUCAAGAGCUAUGGUGGUGGAUGAUCCAGCCCCUUGGAUCUUUCCUGAAUCUACAGUGACUGAAAUAGACCGAAAACAUUAUACCAGUUUGUCAACAUCAAACUCUCUAGUUAUAAACAAACGGGAAAAAAAUGACUGUGACAUCGCUCAACAGAGGAAAGGGAUGAAAAGUUCCAAUUCUAGCCGUCGGACCAAAGUUGCUUCUAGUCCAAGACAAAGACCAAGGGAUAGACAAUUGAUCCAGGAUCGUAUCAAAGAGUUGCGGCAAAUUGUCCCAAAUGGCGCUAAGUGUAGCAUUGAUGGUCUCUUAGAGAAAACAAUAAAGCACAUGUUGUACUUACAACGUGUAACUGACCAAGCUGACAAACUGAAGCAACUAGCCGCCCAACAGGAGGAUUCUGAUUCCGAGAAUCACACUGCUCUCGAUAACGAGGAUUUUCGGCAAAAUGGGGCUAGUUGGACUUGGGCGUUUGAAAUUGGCAGUGAUCCCCAAGUUUGCCCCAUCGUUGUAGAAGAUCUAGAAUACCAGGGACACAUGCUUAUCAAGAUGCUAUGCAAUGACAUGGGACUCUUCCUAGAGAUUGCUCAAAUAAUCCGAAAUUUGGAAAUAACAAUAUUGAAGGGUGUGAUUGAACGCCAUUCAAACAACUCCUGGGCUCAUUUUAUCGUCGAGGCUCCGAGGGGCUUUCAUAGAAUGGAUAUCUUCUGGCCUCUAAUGCAUCUUCUCCAGCGCAAACGAAACCCCAUCUCAAGCAGGAUUUGAGCCAUCAUCUUAAAUAAUGUCUAGAAGAUACGAAGACACUGACCAAGAGUGAGAUUUGUAAUUCAUAUGUUGGUUGAUUAUGUGAUGUUUUCCUAGUAAUAUAGUUGAUAAGCACAAUUUGAUCACACCGAAGCUUUGAAACAUGCCUGCAUACAUAUAUGGAGCUGAAAUUUGUAUAUACCAUAUGUAUAUAUAAGAUUUUCACCUGUAUGAUAUUUUUCGUUUGCCAACAAACUGUUGAUUCUUUCCCAUCAACAGUCUAGGUACGAAAAGAGUUGGUCACUUUGGUUUUGAAUUCUCAUACCUUAAAAGGAGGAAGGAUUCCGAUUCUAAGUUUGGAGUGUAAAAACUUGGGCCAUUUUAUAAUAUUAAUUUUGACUUCAUGA